AUGGAUGUUGGUCCAGUGGUAGCCCAAGUUGUUUGCCAACUUCGCAAAACGAACCUCGUUAUCGACUGGCAUAAUUUUGGGUAUUCCAUCUUGGCUUUGAAACUUGGUGAUGGCCACCCAAUGGUUAAGAUAAAUAAAUCCCAUGAGUCCACAUUUGGUCGUUUCUCCUCUGCACAUUUUUGCGUUAGUAAUGCCAUGGCAAGGCGGUUACGUGAUGAUUUAAAAAUCAUAACACCUAUUCUCGUUUUGCACGACCGGCCACAGUCCUGUUUCCAGCCUUUUCGAAACGACGAGCAAAAGUAUGCGUUCCUCUCGUCUCUUUCGGAAACAGCUGAAUUCGUUGGAGAUCUGAGGGCGGGAACUUGCCGUCUUCUAGUCAGCUCUACUUCAUGGACACCGGAUGAAGACUUUUCGAUUCUAAUCGACGCAUUAUGCCGCUAUUCAGCCAUUGCUUCGACAAGAAACCUUAGCCUCCCACGGUUAGGCGUCAUCAUAACUGGGAAGGGUCCACAGCAGCAAAUGUACCUCUCCCGGAUUGCAAAAUUAAGAGCCCAGGGCAAGCUUGAAAACGUGAAAAUUAAAACGGCAUGGCUAAGUUUAGAAGAGUACGCUCAGCUUCUCGCGAGCGUUUCUCUUGGUGUAUGUUUGCAUACUAGCAGCAGCGGCGUUGACCUACCAAUGAAAGUUGUGGAUAUGUUUGGAGCUGGACUCCCGGUGGUCGGCUGGAACAAAUAUGAGGCAUGGCCAGAAUUGGUAUCUCAAGGAGUCAACGGCCUUGGGUUUGGGAGCACCGAUGAACUUGUUACUCACCUGGUUGAUUUAUUUGGUGGGACCGAGGAGAAACUCUCCCUACUUCGACAAGGUGCACUCCAAGAAAGCGAACGGCGAUGGGAUGACGAAUGGGAUCCAGUUGCUGGAAAGCUAUUCGGACUACCUUACAAUCCCUAG